AUGAAUAAUUUAUAAGAUUUUUAAUUAUUUUAAGAUACCCUUAUUAUAUCAUUAGAGAAAAUACGAAAAAACAUACCCAAAAAAUACAAAGCAUAUAAAGAUUAUAUAAAAGAAACAUCUUAACAAAUAAAAUAAUUAUAGUAAUCAUAACAAGCAAAUCUUUCUGUGAAUAAAUAUUUUCUAAUAUAUAAGUUAGCAAUAAACAGUAAAAUAUAAAAAUUAAUUGAUGUGUCCAUAAAUGCAAUUGCCAUUUUAGUAUAAAACAAUUUUUUAGAUGGAAAUUGUGAAGAUUAUACCCAAGAUAUUAAUUUAGAAGAUUUUAAAGAACAAUUAGAAUAAAAAAAAUCCGAUCCAUCUAACAAAAGAAAACUAAUAUAAACCAUAAUAGAAACAAUUAUACAAACAGUUAAUCCUAAGGAUGAAUAAAUAUAACAAAACAUAAUAAAAAUAAUUGUAGAAUUAGCAACAAAUAAAAAAUCAGAAUUACAUGGAAGUUCAUUAUCUUAAAGCAUAGAAACUUUAAUUUAUAUAUAUUCAAAUGGUUUACAAGAACAAGACAAAAAAGAAUAACCUUCAAGCUAUAAUAAUGAAAAUAAAACAUAAGAAGAAUAAUAAGGAAAUGCGUUUACUGAAUGUUUGGAAGAACUCAAUCAUUAUUUAAAAUAUUAAAAUGACUAUUAAAAUAAUUAAUUUACUUAUUAAAGUUUAUGUUAUAAUGUUGUGUAAGGAAUGAUCGAUUAAGUUUGUGUUUAAAAUGAAGAAUUAUUAAAUGAAAAUUCUUAAAAAAUAGGUUAGUAUAGGUGGUGCUAUUAUUGUAGAAAUCCAGCGAAUAAUUUUUGUAAAGAAUUGAAUAUUCCAGUUUGCUCCGAUGAAUGCUAAACUAAUAUUAUUUAAAAAGAAGAAAAAAUUAAUAAAGAAUAUAAUGUCCAUAUUUCUUUUUGUAAGUCUACUUUUGAAGAUUGUCUUACUAUAUUAUAUACUCUUUCAAAUAUUUUGUCUUCUGAAUAAGAAUAAAUGGUUAAUUUUGUAGGAAGUUUGAUUAAAUAGAAAAUUUUAGUGUUAAAAAUUCUAUAUUCGAUUUUGUAUUUAAAGGAUAUUAAUUUAUUUGAAAAAUAAUAGGCAGUUUAGAUAAUCAAAGAAAGUCUUUUUAAUGGAAUUUUAAAAUGCGCUUUACAUAGUGAUAGCAAUAUAUUACAAUAGACUUUUUCAAUUUUUUUAAUUCUAUUUAUUAAUCACAAAAAAGAACUGAAAAAUGAAAUUUUAAUUUUCAUAAAUGAAAUCAUUAUUAAAUUGUUAGAAAGUACUAACUCUUCUUCUUCACAUAAAUAUUUAGCUUUAUAAGUAUUUAAUAAUUAUUUUCAAAAAAGCUAAAUUGUUAUCGAUUUUUAUGUCAAUUACGAUUGUUCUCCGAAUCAAAUUUAAUUAACUGAAAAAGCAGUCUAAAUAUUAAGUUUUAUUUCUACUGGAUAUUAUAAAAAGCCUGAAUUUUCUUUAUUAAUAAAUUCCUUAUAAGAAUAAAAUUUAAGUUCAUAUGCAAUUGAAACUUUAUGUAUUUUAAUUAAAUCUAUAUUUGAUUAUUAUGAAAAUUAUCAAAUGAACCUCUAAAAAAACGAACCAAAUAAAAAUAAUCUUGAUGAAAGUUCUAAUAAUAUAUAUAAUAUACACUAAAAUGAUGAACCUUAAAAAUCUAUAGAUACAGUUUAACUCUAAAAUCAAAUUGAUAGGCAAGAUUAUAUUAAAAUAGAAACAUAAAGGGCAAUAAUGAAAUUUAAUAAAAAACCAAAUUCAGGUAUAAAACAUUUAUUCGAAACAGGAAUACUUAAAGCAGAUGACGCAAAAGGAAUAACUUAAUUUUUAAGAAACAAUAAUUCCAUAAGUAAAGAUGCAUUAGGUGAAUAUAUAGGAGGAUAUAAAGAAAUAAACAUAAACGUAUUAAGUGAAUUUACAGACGCCUUAAAUUUCAAAGGCAUGAAAUUAGACGAGGCUAUGCGUUAUUUUUUAACAGAAUUUACACUUCCAGGAGAAGUAUUUUUUUUUAUAUUUUUAAAAUAAAAAUAAUAUAAAAUUAGGCAUAAAUAGUAGAUAGAAUUCUUCAAAAAUUCGGAGAUAAAUUUUAAGUGGAUAAUCCUGAGAUAUUUAAUAGUGCUGGAGGUGCAUAUACAUUAUCGUUUUUAUUGA